AUGUCUUCAUAUGAAAGAAAUUCAAGAUUUAAUAUUCCUAAUAAAUAUGGAGGUAAUUCUAAUAUACCGAAAUCUUCAAGUAGUUAUAUACCAUUAAAAUGUAGAAGAUCAUUUAGUCAAGAUCCAUUUAAUAAUAAUAUUAAUAAAAAUGAAAGAGCUACAAGUAUUACUAAUUCUUCUAUAUCUUCAUAUAAAAAUCCAUACUCUUCUUCUAUUUGUAAUAAUUCAUUACCUUCAAAUAAAUAUUCAUCAUCUUCCUUCAAUUCUUCAAUACGAGUACGUUCUGGAAGCACAGAAAGAUCAACUAUUUCAAUAUAUUCUCCAUUAAAAAAGUAUAAUACAACAGAUAAAAAUAAUAUUAUGUCCACAUCAUACUCUAUUGGAGAUCACAAACAAUUAAUGAAGCCACCAAGUGGUAGAAAUACAAAUGCUUAUUUAUCAAAUACUUCAUCUAUAUCAAAAUCUUUAUAUUCAUCUAAAAAUUAUUUUCCAAUGAAAAGUUCUAGUUCUUGUGAUAUAAGAAAUAAAAUAUUAAAAAAUUCUAUUUCAACACAUUCAUCUUCAAUAUCUGGAUAUAAUAAUUAUCCAAUAGAGAGAUCAAGAACACCAAGUGGAUCAUCAUAUACUGAUUAUAAAAUUCGUGACUAUAGAUCUAUGUCAAAUUUCGAUGAUAAAGAAACUUUUAAUAAUAUAUCAGGAAAAGAUUAUCCUAUAGACAAAAAUUAUAAAAAUAUAUUAUCUAAGAGAUAUAAUGAUAUAAAGAGUGAUAAAGAAACAUUGUCAAAACCAUGUUUAUCAAAUGAUAAUAUUAUUAAAAAUGAUAAUGGAAUAUUAAUAAAAAAUGUUGAUUUGAAGUCAGUUAAAAAAAUUAAAGAUAAUAUAGAAAAUAAAGAGAAAAUUGAAGAAAAGCUUAAGAAUAUAAAAAUUAUACCAGUUACAAUCAAUUCUAAAACAACAUCUAAUUCAACAGAAGAUAUAAAUAAAUUUCUUUUAAAUAGCAAAAUAGAAGAAAAUAAAAACAACAGUAUUUUAAAAAAAAAUUUACAUAAAAAAAAUGAUAAAGAAUCAAUUGUUUUAUUAAAAUUAGAUUCUAUAAAAAAUAAAAAUGAAGAAUCAUUAAAUAAAAUGAAUAAUAAAGAAAGUUUAAAAUCACAAUUAUCAUCUUUUACUCCUAUAACUUAUUUAACUGAAAUUAACGAACAAAAUGUGUUAUCAAUAAAUAAUGCUCUAAAACAAAAUAAAAAUGAUAAAAAAAUAUUGAAUAACGAGAAAAAUAAUUAUAUCCCAAAUAUUAAGAUGAAAGAAGACAUUAAUACACAAAAAUCAACUAAUCAAUUAAUAUCAAAAACUGAUAAGAAUAUUUUAUCUAAAAAUAUGGAUAUUCAUAAUGAUACUUCUAUAUCUACAACUAUUAUUUUACCUGAUAUAACUAAAAAUGAUAUUUCAAAAAGAUUAGAAAGACAAGAAAGAUGUAAUGAACAUUUGAAUAAUGAUAAAAAGUUUAUUAAUCCACCUAUUUUACUAGUAACACAGCCAUCAUUACCUUCUACACCACUUUCUCCUAAUUCAAAUAUUAAUUGGAAUUCAUGUAUUGAUGUUAAUAAAAAUAAAGAUAUUGAUAAUAAUAGUGAUGAGGAAUUAACAGAAGAAUUUUAUAGUGAUGAAGAGGUAACUGAUGAAUCAUAUGAUGAUGAAGAUUUAACAGAUUUUGAACAAGAAUAUUCAUCUGAUAUAUCAGAAACAUUUACAUUUUCUUUAGCAACAACAUCAAUUAAUAAUCCGCCACCAAAAGGUGAUUUAUAUCCAAUUAAUGGAUCAUCACUUCACAUUCGUUCAACAACACCAUUAUCCAUUUCAAGUUAUGGUUCAUCAUUUGAUUUUAAUCCACUUGAACCCGUAUUUUCUAGAGCAGAUUCUAGAGGUAGAGUUAUGAGAGAAAGUAUGGCUAAACCAGCACCAAUAUUUACUGUUUCUGUUCAUUAUGAUGGUAUGCCUGAAUGGGAAGCUCCAUCUGAUGAAAGUAUAGAAAAUGAAUUUACUGUUAGACCUAAUAGUUCUGGUCAUGGUAUGUAUCUUAGUGCUGAUGAUUAUUCAACUGAUGAUUCUUAUGAUGGUGAAAGAUUUCAUGAUACCGUUGAUGUUGGUUAUACUUUAACAUUAUGUGAUAGAGUUGCAACUUCAAAUGCAUUAGAAGAUAGUGAUAGUUAUUAUGAAGAAGAAGAUGAAGAAGAAUAUAGUUAUGAUGAUGAAGAAUAUAGUUAUGAAGAAGAAUCUUGCCAUGAAUAUGAUCCUGAUGUCUCUCCAUAUAUAACUGAAAAUGAUGAAGAAGAAAUAGAAGAAGAUGAAAGUAUUAUUAAAAGAUUAUCAAUAUCACCAUAUCCACGUUUUGCUUCACCACGACCAGCUUCUGAUAUCGGAGAUGAAUCUGUUGAUGAACUAUCUAGCACAUUUGAAGUUCCAUCACAAAAAUUAAGUGAAUUCAUUAUUGAAAAUGUUGGGCCUAUUGCAACAGCUGCUUUAAAACUUGAACCAACAUUUACUAUUCCUAUUAUUGAUAAUAACAUUGAUGUUCAUGAUCAUCUUCCUGAAUUAGAUGCUAAAUAUGAGAAAGAAUCUAGUUUAUUUGUCUUAGAAGAAAACCAACCAACAGAAAUUGCAGAAAUGAAAGUUGAACCUACUUUUACCAAUCCAGUACCUAAUGAUAAAAAUGUUUAUUAUGAUAGAGCAUGCCCAAUGAGAACAGAUAAACCAAAAACAGAUUUUGCUAGAAAAGCUGUAAUUCAACCAAAUAAAUUAGAAAAAGCUAUUAUAAAAGAAGAGAAAAUUGAAAUGAAAGAGAUUAAUAAAAAUGUAGUUAAAGAAGAAGAAAUUAUACCUGAAAAAAAAAUUGAAAAUGACAUUCUUGAAAAUAAUAAGACAAAGAAAGAUGAUAUAAAAAUUCAAAAUAAAAAAGAAAUUAAAAAUACAAUUCCAGAUAAAUCAGAUAUAAGAAAAUCAAGUUUAAAUAUGAAUGAAAUAGAAAGAAAAAUAGCAGAGGAGAAAAAAAAUGAAAUUGAAAAGAAAAGAACACGUGGAUUUGGUACUGUAUCAACAAUGAUGGAAAAAUUUAAACAAGCAGAAGCUGAUGCCAUGACAUAUAAAAGAAGUUCAUUAUUAACAAAAAAAGAUGAACCCAGAGUUAGAAAACCCUUGCCUGCAUUAAUAAAACCAGUUAUUAAUGAUGAAUUUGAAAAGCAGUUAGAAGAAUUAAAAAAACAAAUUCGUAAUGAUAAUGAUAAAAUGCAAUCUCAACUUAUUGAUGCUUCUAAAGGUUUAUUUACCAGUUCUGAAGAUGCUAAAAGAAAAAUUGAAAUUGAAAAAAUUAGAAAUAAUCCUGAUACUGAAAUAUUAAUUAAAGCUGGUGAAGAAUGUAAGAAAUGGAAAGAAAGUAGAGAUGCCGAAGCUAAAAAACGUUUAGAGGAAGAAGAAAAUACCAGAAAGAAACCUAUGACAAAAAUUCAACAAAUCCAAGAAACUAAAAAGAAAAAUGAAGAAGAAGCUUUAAAAUUAAAUAAUGAAAUUGAAAGAAAAAGAACAGUUAGAAAAAUUGUUAAAAAAGAAGAAACAAAUAAUGUUGUUACCAAUGAAUCUAAAUCUAUUUUACAGCCAAAAAUUAAUAAUAAAUUAGCUGAAAUUAAAUCAAUUCCAUCUUCUUUAGUUAAAAAACAAGAAAUAGUAUUUAAAGAGACAACAACAAAACCAACAAUUAAAAUUGAACCAACUAUAACUAAACAAGUUAAUGUUGAUGCACUUGAUGAAGUUAUGAUGGCAUUAGCACCACUACCAAUAAAUAAGCAUCAAACAACUAAAAAACUAAUAUCAACCGAUAGUAAUAAUAUUGAAAAUAUUACAAAUAAUAAUUUUUUAAAAACAACAAUUUCAGAUGAUACAAAAAUUCAGCAAAAUAAUGAUUCAAAAUUAUCACCAAAUUUAUCAAAAGUUCAAAACAAAAUAUCACGUACUUUUGAAGGAAAUAAUAAUCCUCGAAAUAGGUAUGGUCAGAGAAGAAGAACUCAAGAAUUGGUAAAAUUUAUAGAAAUUCAAAAUCAGCCAAAAUUUCGUUCUUAUCAAUUUCAUAGAAAAAAUCGAUAUAUAAAAAAGAUUUAUGAUAUAGACCAACUUUUAGGAUGGGAUAAAGAAAAUAGUACAUUUGAAAAAAUGGAAGCAAUGUUUCAAAAAGAAAGUCAAAAUAAAAUAAUUUGGAAAGAUAAUAAAAAUACUAAAAAAAUAAAAAGAAUACCACUACAAAAAAUAUGGAUAAGUCAAUUAAAAGAUAUUGAUAAACUUUAUAAAGUUAGUGAAUUAAGAGAUAUUGAAAGAACCGUUAAUGAAAUAUAG